AUGGACGGCAAAACUAAGCCCAGCGCAAAGGAAUACUUCUACAGUUUGGAUGAUUUGUCCUUGUCUUUGCUGUGCACGUUCGGGAGCUGGUACAACAGCUCGGGUCGUGGGAAGAGACCGAGCCCACUGUCGGAAAACACCAACACCACCUCUCACACCCCGGUGGAGCUGUUCGCCCUGGAGUGGCAGGUCUUUCUCCCCCCCCAGCAAAUGCGGGGCAUUUACGUCUGUCCCCUCCUGGGUUUCCUGGCCGUGUCGCUCGUCACCCCCGUGAUCCUGACCCGGAUCCUGACCAGCACCGAGCUCCGGCGCCAGACGCGCUACCUUCUCCUGGCCAACGCCCUGCUCAGCGACCUCCUGUUUCUCUCCGUCUACAUGCUCUCCACGUGCCUGAACGCCGCCGGCGUCAUCAUGUCGGAGUGGGCGUGCGCCACCCUCCUCUUCCUCAUGGGGGUCCUGUACAGCGGGGGUAUCCUCACCGCCAAAGCCAUGGUUCUGGACACCCUGCUGGCGGUGCUGGUGCCGCUCCGGUACCUCUCCCUCUGGCCCGUCUACAGGACCCGCUUCGCCAUAGGGGCGAUCUGGAUCGUGGGCAUGUUCAUCCCGGCGGCCUCCGUGGGCAGUUUUCUGUGGUACCACUCCUCGGGGCCCUGCGCUCUACAGAUCUGUUCUCUGCCGCUGCUGUUGGCCUUGGCCGUCAGCCACUCCAAACCCCUGCAGGUCUCCAUGUUGCUAACGGUGACGGCCGUCCUGCUGAUCCUCCUCCUCGUCUUCUCCGGGUACCUGGUGCUGUGCUGCAGGACCAGGAACUCGGGCGUGUGGAGAGGGGAGCGUUCGUCGCGAGCCAGGGGCACGUUUCUCAUCCACUACCUCAACCUGUUCCUCUCCGUCUGUCCCAUGCUGGUUCUGGUGAUUGAGCUUCUUCUCUAUUCCAACAACAGCCUGCUGGACCUCAGGGUGACGCUCUGGGUGUCUUUGAUCGUGUGUAACGUGCUCCUGGUCCUACCCAAAGCCCUGGCUCCCUACCUGUACGGGCUGAGAUACAGGGACCUGUGCGGGGCUUUGCAGAAGACCUUCAGGAUCCGAAGACCCCCCACCGUCGCCACCGUGAUGUGA